CAAGCCUAACCCUCGUCCGUCGUCUCUCGGCUCGCAUCGUAAAUUUCGACUGGCGGCGCCGACUCCUCGACUCGGCCGCCGCAGCUCCCCUCCGCCACCUGCGCCAACUCCGGCAUCCUAAUUCUGGACGUAUCAUUCUGAGCGAGGUGGUAUCGUCGACCGACGUGCCACUUUCUCUCUCUUGAUUGGAACAUACGAUCUUGAUCUUUCUCUCUCGUUGUCAUCAAUUGAGAUGGGCAGAAAAAAUUUGAAUCCAAAAAGCAAUGCAUUCAAGCGGCAAGAGGCUUUCUUUAGGGAAAAUAAAUCUCAAGAAAGGCUUGAGGCAAUUGGUCAAGAGCAUAGGCUUUUGAUGAGGGACAAUCCAUGUGAACCUUAUUCACCCGUUGAAGUAAAUGAUUAUUUUGGCCGCUCUGUUGUUGCUGCUGAUACUUCUCCUUCCUCGACCAGCUUCUCGCAUUAUAACAAGUACAUAGAUGAUCUAAGCCUCAAUAGGGUCUCAAAUAGAAAGAAAGCUUUGGAAAAGCUUGUCAUGGCAUAUGAAACUGAUGUGCUCACUGAGUUUACAAAAAACAAAUACAUUACAUUAUCAUAUUGGUCCUCAAAAUUAAUUAAAAAAGGCACAACAGCUGAAUCUCAUUUAGCUUGCCGUCUCAUUGGUUUACUGGCAGUCAAUAUUGACUGCGAGGAUGCUUCACAUGAAAUGAUGAAGGAAACAAUUACUCCACUUUGUGAAGCCUAUAAAUCGGGAAGCAAGACUGUGAAGAUACUUGUAUUACAAUGCAUUGCGAUGAUAUGCUCUUUUGGUGCAAUGGAUCCAGAUGAACUGCAAGAUUCUAUGAAUUUUUCAUGGGAAAUUUUCUAUCCUAAACCCACUGAUCAACUCGGUGAAACUCAUCCUGCUGUGUUAUCUGCAGCACUAUCUGCUUGGACAUUUCUCCUUACAUUUGUUGAUGAGUGGAGAAUUCAUCCUACAAACUGGAAAGGGUUAAUUUCCUUUCUCUACACCCUAAUGGAAAAGGAGGAUCAAUCUCUGUAUGUGUCUAUUGCAGAAGUUUUAGCCCUUAUUUUAGAUAUGGACAGACUAUAUAAAUUCUCUGAAGAAAAUUCUUGUACAUCAAUCGACUCACUAAAAAGUCAAUUGUCUGAGAAAUUCAAGAAACUCCCUAAGGAGCCUAACAAUGGAAGCAACACAAAUGCUAAAAAUAGUGAGGAAGAGUUUCUUCAGGGUAUUCUCUCGUAUAUUGAGAAUGGUGCUUCAGAAGAAGUUUACACAAAGAUUUCAAAGAAGUACCAAAUUCCAAGGGUGUCAACUUGGAAGCAAAUUUUACAGCUAAGGUAUGUGGAAAAACUUCUUGGAAGGAUUUUUUCGAAACACAUGAAGAGAAACUAUCGACUACUCGAUGCAAUGAGGAUUGAACAACCGAUUAUAGAAAGGCCAUUGCCUCAACCAACUGUUUUUGGAGAAUUUGAUCUGGACCAGAAGGCUAGAACUCAGUUGAGAAAAAUGUCUGCUCAGAGGAAACAAUCCUUGUUGUUUCAAGAUCACUUUGACAUUGAGGAUUGAGCAGGCAAACUCAGAAAGACAAGAAGACUCUUUCCCUUUUGUGCAAUACCAUCUCCAAAAAAUUUUAUUUUAUUUUCUAUAUUUCUUAUUAUUUUUUUCCUUCUAUUCAAUGUCAAUUAUUUCAAUUCUUUCUUGCCUUUAUUUUUACACUUCUAAAUGUUCUGAUAAAUUGGAAAGUCAUAUUGAUAAAUUUUUAUAAAGAAUUAACUAGUUGAGGAUC